UCAAUUAUAUGAAUUAAUGGUAGCGGCACUAGGCAAAUCGGAAAGCAAGGGAGAGACUUAAAAAUGAUUCAAUAAUUAUUUAUUGCGAAAUUAAACAGUAGGCUUUCUCUUAUGUUUGAAGUUUUGAAAGAAGUAUUAUAAUUUAUCAAAUGAAAGCUUGGAAAAAUUCAGCCAGCUUGAUUUUGGCAGUACGCCAUAAUUCACAGUUCGAUCAAGCAUUGGCUUGUCAAAGCUGUAAUUAUCGAUUACUAUGUCUCAAACGCCAAGAGACAUCAAGUUUCAUGCCAGGGGCAUAUGUAUUUCCUGGUGGACUUACAGAAAUAGCUGAUGCAGAUUUAAAAUGGCAGAAACUUUUUCUAAAAUUUGGAUUAACUAAUAAUUUUUUUACAUCUCUAUUACCUCAAUCGGACAAUCGACCUCUUAUAUUCAAAUCUGAACCUAACGAACUGCGUAAGGAGAUAUCGCUACGUAUAACUGCUAUUCGUGAAACAUUUGAAGAGAGCGGCAUACUCCUAUGUCGGCAGAAGAAAGACCCUGAAGAUUUAAAAUGGGGGCAGUACAUCGAAGGUGAAGAGGUGAACUCAUGGCAAAUCAAAGUACAAAAAGAUGCCUCCAAAUUUUAUGAGAUGUGCGAGUCCUUACAGUGCGUUCCAGAUUUAUGGGCUCUUCAGGAAUGGAGUAACUGGUUAACUCCAGCAUUCCUGGAUAAAAAACGUUAUAACACCAUUUUCUAUUUUGCUGCUUUACCAACAUUACCUCAAACUAAGCUGCAACACACAGAAAUGGCUGAUCUCCAAUGGGACUAUCCGAAUAAUUUCUUAUCCAACGCGGACAUUUUUUUACCAUCACCGCAGCUGUAUGAAAUAACGAGGAUGUCAAAGUUCAAACAAAUAAAUGACUUGUUUAAAUGUGCCAUUUUACGCAAUUCAAUAGGAACGCAAUUGUGGCUACCAGUGAAAGUGAGUUUAGCUAAUGGCUUUGUGGCCAUUCUUCCUGGGGAUUCCAUGUAUCCCGCAAAAGUAGAUUUGAUUAAAACAGAGGCUAUUAUUGAAGAUAAUAAAACCAUAGAAGAUUUCCAGAGAAUAUCCUUUGUAAAGAACAGAAUCGAAUUUCAUGAUUCUGGCGAGAGAAGAAUAGUAGUUGAAAACUUCAAAAGUAUAGAAGAAAAUGUAUCGUCGAUGUUAUAAGAAGCACAUGAAGAAUUACUGUUUAAAAAACAGUUUAGACAGCUUCGUGUAUGUAUAUUAUGUACAAAAAUUGACGAUAUAACUUUAAUGUUAGUUACAAAUAAAUGUACUGGUUUUUCUGUUUCCA